GUCCGAUCCGGCGGCGGAAGACCGCCGACCUCCUGCUGUUAAAAGAGCUGCUUGCGCUGGUUCGUUUAACGCAAGACUCGUUGCAGAGCUUCUCGAGGUCCCUCGCGGCGCGUACCAGAAAAAAAACUGCAGCAAACGACGCUCGGCGCGCUGAAAGUCGACCUUCUGGGCCCAUCCAACAGCCGUCGCUCCUUUGCCGCGGUCGCGCGACUACACACCGCGCAAAGCUGCAGGACAGCGCGUACGGAGACCCUAUCGCGCACAUAAAAGCGCUCGGACGUCAAGAAGCGCGUGAGAAAGGGUUCUCGCGCCGCGGGAGAAGACGAACAGCAGGCGGCACCUCUAGACCCGAGAAACAGCACUCAAAAACCAAAGCCAACCAUGGGCUCGACCAUGUCGACGACCGCCCCCGGGGCACACACCAAUUGCGUGCCCAAGACCUCGCCCAGAUCCUCGCGCGGAAGGCGGCGCCACCGGUCCCGUUCUCGAGGGAGACGACGCCAGUCGCCCCUCGGCCUCUUCAUAAGAGGGAGGCGCGGCUCCGACGACGAGUCGGAAGACGACCUCUCCGUCUCCUCGGCCAUGAGCUGGGAGGCUACUAAUGCGCCGCCGUCGCCGCGGAAGCCGCCGGCGCCGGAGUUCGGAACGACGCUACUCGCACAUAGACGCCCGGAGGUCUACGUGGAAUUGACGCCGGACCUCAUGCUUUACGUGCUCGGCUACUUGGAUCCGAAGGCGCGCCAUAGAGCGGCCGCCAAUCCUGCCUGUAGACAACUGAGAGAUAGAGUCACGAAGAACCGGGAGGUCUGGGCCCACCUCUGCAGCUCGACGCCGUGGCGCAUCCACCGGAGUGAUUUGGAGCAUCGGCCCGUCAACGCUUUAAGGCGAUUACAUAGAACGGUCGUCGAGGCGACUGAUAGUGUGGACACCGCGCCGAUCGCCGACAUCGCGCGGAUCAUGUCUGAUCAUGCUCGAGUCGCGGGUGUGCAAGUCCGAUGCUUUAGAACAUUAGCUGACAGACUCCACUGCGAGACGUUUCGCAAGAACGCCCUCGAUUGUGGCGUCGCGUCAUCCGUAGUGAGAGCUCUCUGGAAGUUCGACGAGUGCGACGACGUGCAGGUCGUGGCGUUGCACUGCGUCGUGUUCUUGGCCAGACCGAUCGGCGGCGCCGAGGGCAUGGUGUACCACCGGGGCAUGGCGUCUCGAGGCUUGGACGCAUUUCUGGGGGAGUCGGGCGGCAUCGCGGCUGUCCUUAGAAGUAUGCGCGUGCACCUCAAAAACUCAAAUGUGCAGGCCAUGGGCUGUUGGUCGCUGGUGAAUUUGGCUUUAAAUCAUCAGCAGAAACUCGCGUUGCUGGCUCUCGAUGGUCUAGAUGCUGUGUUAGCCGCGAUGGCGCACCAUCCGUCCACGCUCGAGGUGCAAUUUAGAGCACUAUUCGCCCUCAUCAACCUCGUCAUCCCCGAGGCCGGCUCGGUCUCGACGAACACGAUGGACUGCGGCGAGAACGCGGCCCACGCGCGCGUCGUCCGCGGGGUCUUGGCGGCGAUGCGCCACUUCCCCGAAUCGGAAAAGCUAGUGCGAUGCGGGUGUUUGGUGCUGCACAACUUGAGUCUGGACGACAAGAACGUGCCUCAUUUAUUAGCGUUCGGCGUCGCGCGGCCCUUACAGAGGGCCGCGCGGUCCCACAAGGACGCCGACGUCCAGCGGUCUGCCGUCUCGACGCUGCGGCGGCUGCGUGUCGCCGUGGCGCCCGAGGUCGACGUGCUCCAGCCGACGCUGCGCAUGGACGGCUCUCGAUGAAAAAACUGUUCCCCUUGUUUACCCCUCCUCUCGCUCGCUUGCACAAUCCACACGGUGCGCACGACGCCACCGAACCCGCCGGGGAGUACUCUAAGUCUCCUCGCCAGUAUAGUCCUA